AUGAGGUCCUCGACGAGGAUGACCGGCACCCUCACCGGCGCCAUGCUGGCCCUCGCCGGCAACGCCGAACAAGUGCUGCGCAGGAACGGCACAGCGACGCUGGCCGGCCCGUCCCUGACGCAUUGGCCGGCAGAGGCAGCGGCAUCACUAGACGCCAUGAUCGCCGAGAACGCAAAUGCGAGCAACUACGCCGUGUUCGACAUGGACAACACCUCGUACCGGUACGACCUGGAGGAGUCGCUCAUCCCGUGGCUCGACAACAAGGGCAUACUCACGCGCGAAAACCUGGACCCUUCCCUGAAGCCUAUCCCGUUCAAGGACAACGCGACGCACACCGAGUCCAUGUACAGCUACUACCUGCGGCUGUGCGACAUGGACGAGCUGCUCUGCUACCCGUGGGCGGCGCAGGUGUUCGCGGGCUUCACGCUUAGGGAGCUCAAGGGCUACGUGGACGAGCUGAUGGCGCUCAACACGACGGUGCCGGUGGUGUACUGGGACGGCGACGACGUCGUGUCGGACGUGGUCAGCCCGCCGCGCGUGUUCCGGGGCCAGACGGAGCUGUACAACCGCCUGAUGGCCAACGGCAUCGACGUGUACGUCAUCUCGGCGGCGUCGGAGGAGCUGGUGCGCAUGGUGGCGUCGGACCCAAAGUACGGCUACAACGUGCCGGCCGAGAACGUCAUCGGCGUGACGACGUUCCUGCGCAACACGACGACGGGCGACCUCGUCACGGCGCGCCGCCAGAUCGAGGACGGCACGUACGACCCCGAGGCCAACCUCGACCUCGUCUACACGCCGUUCCUCUGGACGCCGGCCACGUGGAUGGCCGGCAAGUUCGCGGCGAUACUGACGUACAUCGACAACUGGCGUAUGCCGGUGCUGGCGGGUGGCGACACACCCAACAGCGACGGGCCGAUGCAGUUCCACGGCGUCGACGUGGCCAAGGGCGGCAUCCACCUGUGGGUCAACCGCUCGGCGUCGGCGUACGAGGAGAUCACCGGCAUGAUCGAGGAGUAUGCGAGUGAGCAGGCGGACCUCGGGCUGCCCGUUACUGCGGACAAGAACUGGGUGGUCGUGCUGCCGGAGGAGGUUCUGUGA